GUCCCUGGCCCUCCGCUUUGUUUCCGGCCCGACAGCUGAGUUUCUGCUCCCAGGCCCCCAGGUUCCUGGUUCCCGGCUCCUGGCGUAGGCGCCUCUGACUCCACCGCGGUUUUUACCUCGCGCGGGACUCCUUUCGCUGCACGCCGCCGCCAGCAUGUCUGGGGUUCGCGCUGUGCGGAUCAGCAUCGAGUCGGCCUGCGAAAAGCAGGUCCAGGAGGUGGGCCUGGAUGGCACUGAGACCUAUCUGCAGCCGCUGUCCAUGUCGCAGAACCUGGCGCGUCUGGCCCAGCGAAUCGAUUUCAGUCAGGGUUCCGGCUCCGAGGAGGAGGAGGCGGCGGGCGCCGAGGGCGACGCGCAAGACUGGGCGGGCGCCGGGUCCAGCGCGGACCAGGACGAGGAGGAAGGGUUGGUAAAAUUUCAGCCUUCCCUUUGGCCUUGGGACUCAGUGAGGAACAAUCUGAGGAGCGCCCUGACAGAGAUGUGCGUCCUCUAUGACGUUCUCAGCAUCGUAAGGGAUAAAAAGUUCAUGACACUUGACCCUGUUUCUCAGGAUGCACUUCCUCCAAAACAGAACCCUCAGACAUUACAACUGAUAUCUAAAAAGAAGUCACUUGCUGGAGCAGCGCAAAUCCUAUUAAAGGGGGCAGAAAGAUUAACUAAAUCAGUUACUGAAAAUCAAGAAAAUAAGCUACAAAGAGACUUCAACUCUGAGCUUUUGCGAUUAAGGCAACACUGGAAACUCAGAAAAGUUGGAGAUAAAAUUCUUGGAGAUCUGAGCUACAGAAGUGCAGGAUCUCUCUUUCCCCAUCAUGGUACAUUUGAAGUAAUAAAGAAUACAGAUAUUGAUCUGGAUAAGAAAAUACCAGAAGAUUACUGUCCCCUUGAUGUCCAAAUUCCUAGUGAUUUAGAGGGAUCUGCAUAUAUCAAGGUUUCAAUUCAAAAACAGGCUCCAGACAUAGGUGACCUUGGCACAGUUAACCUCUUCAAACGACCUUUGCCCAAGUCCAAACCAGGUUCCCCACAUUGGCAGACGAAAUUAGAAGCAGCACAAAAUGUUCUCUUGUGUAAAGAAAUUUUUGCACAGCUCUCUCGGGAAGCUGUUCAAAUUAAAUCACAGAUCCCUCACAUUGUGGUGAAAAACCAGAUUAUCUCUCAGCCCUUUCCAGGCUUACAGUUAUCUAUUUCUUUGUGUCAUUCCUCAAAUGAUAAGAAAUCCCAAAAAUCUGCUACUGAGAAGCAAAGUCCAGAGGACCAUCUUUAUGUUCUAGAACAUAAUUUGCAUUUACUGAUUAGAGAGUUUCAUAAACAGACCUUGAGUUCCGUCAUGAUGCCUCAUCCAGCAAGUGCACCUUUUGGCCACAAGAGAAUGAGACUUUCAGGGCCUCAAGCUUUUGAUAAAAAUGAAAUUAAUUCAUUACAGUCCAGUGAAGGGCUUCUGGAAAAAAUAAUUAAACAAGCUAAGCAUAUUUUUCUGAGGAGUAGAACCGCCGCAACCAUUGACAGCUUAGCAAGUCGCAUCGAGGAUCCUCAGAUACAGGCUCAUUGGUCAAACAUUAAUGAUGUUUCUGAAUCUAGUGUGAAAGUUUUAAUCACAUCACAAGGUUAUGAACAAAUAUGCAAGUCUAUUCAGCUGCAAUUAAAUAUUGGAGUUGAGCAGAUCCGCGUGGUACACAGAGAUGGAAGAGUAAUUACACUGUCUCAUCAGGAGCAGGAGCUACAGGAUUUUCUUCUGUCUCAGAUGUCACAGCAUCAGGUGCACGCGGUUCAGCAGCUAGCCAAGGUGAUGGGAUGGCAAGUACUGAGCUUCAGUAAUCACGUAGGACUGGGGCCCAUAGAGAGUAUUGGCAAUGCCUCCGCCAUAACAGUAGCCUCCCCAAGUGGUGACUAUGCCAUUUCAGUUCGUAAUGGCCCUGAAAGUGGCAGCAAGGUCCUGGUUCAAUUUCCCCGUAAUCAGUGUAAAGACCUCCCCAAAAGUGAUGUUUUACAAGAUAGCAAGUGGAAUCAUCUUCGUGGACCUUUCAGAGAAGUUCAGUGGAAUAAAAUGGAAGGUCGAAACUUUGUUUAUAAAAUGGAGCUGCUCAUGUCUGCACUUAGCCCUUGUCUACUAUGAUUUUUUCCAGAGCAGUUAGAAACUUUGACUUGAGAUGUUUGCAGCAUCAACUAGAAGCACAAGGAAGAGAACCCUUCCAAAGGAGUAUUGUUUUUAAAAAUGAUAACUAGCAAAUAUUUACCUAGCAUUUUGAAAUCUUUCACUUUAUAAGUGACAAGUGCUUUGAAAUGCUGGUAUAUGUACAGUUACAGUGUAUGGAGAGAGGUAAAAUGAUACAUUUUUGUGUGUGUAUGCAGUUAGUCUGAACAUUUUACUAACUCAUGUCUUUGAAUUUGCUUUUUCAAAUAUUUGUUCUUUGAUGUUGACAUCGAACAAAGUUAAGUGAUUAAAAAUCUCCAAAUACUUUCUGAACUCUUAAUUAUCCAAAUGAAUUGUGUCCUUAACUGACUGGUCUCAUUCUACUUACUGUUUGUGAAAGGAAUUGCUUGGGAACAUUUAAAAAGCCUUUAUGACCCAGCUUUCUUACAGGAAUUUACUUAGACUGAGACCUUUUCCGUGAAAUGCAACAAAGUACAUGCCAACACAGGCACCUUCUGUACCAGAGCUAUAAAAGUGUGCUCCUGUAUUAGUAAUGAAUUACCUCUUUCUCCAGUUGUCUUUUUUAUGCAUGCCUGACUCGACUUCUCAGCAAUGGGUUUGGUUUUUUUGGUUUGAGACUAGCCAAGAUAGAUGCUUUGAGAACUUCACAAAAAGUACCCUUUGAAGGUAUGUAUAGUUGAGAAGUAGGCAGUUGUAUCUGUAGGGCUUUCUUGUGUCCCUUUUUGACCUGUUCUCCCACUUUAAAGACCCCACUCUCCUUGAGUCACUCAGUGCAUGCUCAUUUGUAGCUCUCCUCUGGGGUUUUCUUUUCCAGCCUCCACCCAGUGCCUGGGAGUGCUGCUUACAAUUGAAGUCUUUGGUCCUAUUCUUACUCCAUGAGCUCUCUGCUUUUUCAAAGGGAAAGUAACUAGUGGAUUAAUGGAUUAUCUUUUCCCAGUAACAUGUUGGGACUUCAUGGAAAUAGUGCCCCAGUCCUAAAGUGUGCCUGAGGAAUUUCUGAAUUUCUUUAGUGAGUGGUAGAUUUAAUCUUACGAGCCUUUUGGUACCACUGAAAAUUUUAUUAUAUGGGGCUCUCUGAUUAUGAGUAAGGCCUUCAUUUUUAAAAUAGGCAUUCUAUUUUAUUAAUUCAUAAGAUCAGUAUGUGAGGUAAUUUUUUUUUUAAAGUGCCUCUUUAUUUUUUUCCUCUUUUUUUUUUUCUUUAAAAGAAAAACAGCUUGUAGGCAAUGAAAUACCUAACACCUUUGUUGAACUAUGUUUUUCCUCCUUCUGAUCAAGGUACUGCAUCUUUCUAUCCAUGGGAAUUAAAGGAAGUGGCAUGCUUGGGCAACUAAUCAUUAUUUAAAAAUCUUUAGUGCUUCAGAAAUUAUGAUGGCUUACAACAUUUGCCUUGGCUAAUUUACUAGGCUAAUCUGUACAAUGGAAACUGUGGUGCCACAGUGGUUAAGAGCCACAGCUGCUAACCAAAAGGUCAGCAGUUCGAAUCUACUAGGUACUCCUUGGAAACCCGAUGGGGCAGUUCUACUCUGUCCUAUAGAGUCUCUAUGAGGCGGAACCUUCGGCAACAAGUUUUUUUUUUUUUUUUUAAUCUGUACAAUUCUAUUCAAAUAAGGUCUUUUAAUAGCUUUCAAAGGUUCACAUUGUAGUGUACUAUAUCCCAAACUUAGUGAAGGAUCAAUUUUUGUUUUUUAAAAUUUCCAUCCACUACAGAUUGAUAACUUUGAUAAAAUACAGUUGCGAUGUGAUAGAUCACUUUUAUAUGGUCUUUCUUUCCAUGGUCUUAUAACUCCCACCAAACGACUGUGUGAGGCUGUGCCAAUGAGGUGCUUGUGGCCCACCAAGGGGAUUGGAUAACUUGUGAAUAAUGGAAAUAAGGUACAUGGCACCCUUGUUGGGUGGGACCAUGCAGAUAAGGUAUAUGGAGCCUAAUGAGGGGAUUGGUCAGUUUUGCCAUCCCACUAGGCUUAAAAUGAGCUAUCCUAGAGGUGGAAAGGGGGGUUCUCACUACCACCAAGAAGAAGAGAUGAGCAGAGUUGUACCCUUUGGAUCCAGAGUCCCUGUACUGAGAACCUCUUAGACCCAUGAGACAGAGAGAGAGAGCUGUAACGCCAGAGACAAGAUGCCAAGAAGUGGCAGCAGAGAAACAGGGGCAGCAGAACCAAGAAACUGACACGAGACAGCGUAGUGGGCCUCCUGGUCCAGAGAACAAGGCAGUUAAAGUGGAUGUGCCAACCCACAGAGCGAGAGAGCUGAGUGCCUUCGAGCUGCAGCCUACAGGUGGAGUAAGGUGCCUCUGGGCACUUAUUGGCAGAGCUAAAGAGCUUUGUAACACCUGCCUAAGCAGGGCAGAGGCCAGGCUCAGGGCCCAAAGGCCUGAGAGAGGCCUGUCUGCAGGCACAGCUAAGAAAAGGCUGUCCUGAUCAAAAAAUGAGUCAUUCUUAAUCCUGAAUUGUAACCUGUUACUUCCCUAAUAAAUCCCAUAACUAACGGUGAGUAUGGUCUGUGAGUUCUGUGUGGCCAUUGCAAUGAAUUAUCGAACCUAGCAGAGAAGUUAGAGUGUGCAGUGGGAGGGACGGCCAGUGUCAGCACUGGUAAAAAGGUUGGAGUGCGGAGGCACGUCUGACCUCCACCUCACAGACGUCAGCCUUGGGUUGGUGAUGCUGAUAACGACUCUCCUCACCCCUUGUGAAGUUAGAGGACAAGGGCUACCACUGCCACCACGCCAUUUCUACAAUAAAAAUGAAUUUAAAAAGUGAAAUUUGUAAACAGAUACAAAACAUAUCCCUUUUAUUUCAUUUAAUAGAUACAAAAUUACUGUCAAAUUGAUAUAAAAAUUCUGAAUCUUUUCUCUUUCUAUGCGUAUCUGUGGACCAGUAACAGUUCACGAACCAGGACCGCCCUUUGAGUAGCACUGUUGGUAAGACGUGCACCUGGUCUUUUUCCCUGGGGUAGCUGACCAUGGUCAUGAUCUGCAUUUCCUUCAUGUCUUCCUUUCUUCUGAUUUUAAAGUCAUUGCUUAGUGACUAGCCAUUAACCACUUAUAAAAUAGCAGAAACUAAAGCAGGGCUUCGAACUAGUUCAUUCCUGCUCUGACCCACUGCUGAGAAUUUGCAAUUUCCACCCCAGCUGUACUGAAUCAGAAUCUACAUUUUAACAAAAGCUCCUAGUGAUUUCUUACGUAUACCUGGGUGUCUUGUUAAAACGUAGACUCUGAUUCAGAACACCUGGGGUGGAAAUGCAACUUCUCAGCAGGGGGUCGGAGCAGAAUGAACCAGUUUGAAGCCCUGAACUAAAACAAGUGUGGGGGAGAUAAGGGAGCUUAGUUGCUGUGCCAGCAGCUCUUGUGCCUUAUGGUUUAUUUACCUUUUCUACUUACCAUAUCAACCUGAAUUACCUGGAGUUGGGAGCAUGUGCUGUGGAUCUUGGGAAACAAGUUGGAGAAAAUCAGUUUGUCCCCCUUACAAGUAUUUAAUUAUCAGCAAAAAAGCUGGGUUUGAAUGUUGACUGUCCAUGAGCUUGCGAGGUUACCCCUCUCUGGACCUGUUUCCUUAUGUAUAAAAAGGCGACCAGGAUGCCUCCUCUGUUAACUUCAAGGGUGUUUCAGAGGUUUCGAUAUGGUUGGUGACACGUGUUAAAAUCUAAAAUGCUAUGUAAAUAUAAAGCAUUAAGCAACUGUUUUCUAAGGGUCUAGCCAAUUAUAAGUUAGGAAAAUCGUUACGACUCUAGCUUUAUUUUUUUAUUAAGAGAAAGCCUUUCAGGAUGUCCUGUGUUUUUCAAAUGUGACAGAUGUUUUGUAUGUGGUGGAGACAGUGAGUGCUGUUGUGGGUAUGAAGAUUUUAACUUUUGCCAGUUUAUUUUUAAGGCCACGCCCUCUCAUAAUCUUCCUGAUUGUCUUUAAACUUCCCUGCUCCUGUUCCUCAUUUAUGACCUACACCCUUGCGGCUAAAGCCAUGUUGAAUCUCACUGUAGCAUGGAAACUUCUUCCCAAGUCUUACUGAUUUUCCAAGCCUUAUUGAUGGCCAGUCACAACUGAAAAACUCCAUCUUUUUAGGUAGCACCAUGGUGCAAGCACUACUCAGAAAGCAGUGACCAUAGCUUCAGCGUUCUGCAGUUUGCUUUUACCUAUUUCCAAGUCCACUUCUAGAAGUUUAUCAUAUAGAAAUACUUGCACUGACUCAUAAAAUGACCGAGAUCCAGUGCUGUGGAGUCGAUUCUGACUCAUAGUGACCCUAGAGGACAGAGUAGAAUUGCCCCAUAGGAUUUCCAAGGAGCAGCUGGUGGAUUCGAAAUGCCAACCUUCUGCAAGCAGCCGUAGCUCUUAACCACUGUGCCACCAGGGCUCCAAGGAUCAUUAAAGCAGUCUGUAAAAGUAAAAAAUUGAGACCAAUCCAAAUGUUCUUCAGUAGGAGAAUGGCUAAAUAAAUUAUGCUAGGACCCCCGGGUUCAGGUGCUUAUUUGUAUUUCUCUGAAUGACUGAGGACUUUUUCUACUCCCACUCUUCUGGCCCCCCUUGCUUAGGAACCAGAACAGCUUCCAUGUUAUACUGUCUUCAUUUCCCUAUUUACCAGUCGUGAAUGAGCCUCUUGCUGUUAUAGAAACAUUUGUUAUAUUACAACAGACUGUAUUUGGCUUGAAACUUGAUAGAUGAGGGAGAAGUUUGAGAUACAAAAGUAACAUACAAUCUGAAAAACUGAUAAUUUAGUGAGUAUGCCAGAGAGAUGAAGCCAAUGGCAGAAUCUUUAAGCGCCCCCAAUCUGGGCCUCUUGAGACCAAACAGACGUAAUAGAGAUGUGUGAUGUGUUUGGUAUUUGACGAAGCCUCACUCUAAAGCUUCACCAUCAGAUUUCUUUGCUGGAACACCAUCAAAUCAAUGUGAUACCCCUGGUUAUCUCAUUAAUCACGAAUUUUAAAUUGUCAUUUAUGCAUUGUUGACGAAUGAAAACAACUGAUUAUUUAAUAAAUUCAUUUUGUUUAAUAGGAAAAAACCUUUUUAAAACAUGAGGUACCUAAGGAAAAUACUAAGACAGAAGUGCCUGAACAACCACUGGUCUGUUGCAACAUAGGGAUUUAACCUACCUGUUUGUUCACUUUGUAGGAGCAAAUCUAAACCUAAAACUUUGGACUAGCAAUGCACUCUCCUUCUGUCAUGGAUUGAAUUGUGUCUCCAAAAAAUAUCUGUUGACUUGGCUAGUCCAUGAUUCCCAGUAUUGUAUGAUUGUCCACCAUUUUGUCAUCUGAUGUGAUUUUCCUAUGUGUUGUAAAUCCUACCUCUAUGAUAUUAAUGAGGUGGGAUUAGUGGCAGUUAUAUUAAUGAGAAGAACUCAAUCUAUAAGAUUAGAUUGUGUUUUAAGCCAAUCUCCUUUGAGAUAUAAGAGAGAAGUGAGCAGAGAAAUGUGGGGACUUCAUACCACCAAGAAACAAGAGCCAGGAGAAUAGCAUGUCCUUUGGACCUGCAGUCCCAGCACUGAGAAGUUCUUGGACCAGGGAGGAUUGAUGACAAGGACCUUCCCCCAGCGCUGACAGAGAAAGCCUUCCUCUAGAGCGGGCACACUGAAUUUGGACUUCUAGACUCCUAGACUGUGAGAGAAUAAAGCUGUCCACUUGUAUUUUUGUUAUAGCAGUACUAGAUAACUAAUUCACCAUCCCACCCCAAAACAUUCAAUAUCUGAUGAACUUUACAUAAAAGCUUGAUGUGCCAAACCUGCCAAUAUUCUUACAAUUCCUGAAUCCUCUGAAAGAGGAAGAGAUUCUUAGGAGAAAGAGCUGAACGCAUUAGCUCAUAACAGGAGUAAGCCCUUGGUUGAGAGCCAGUCUGGUGGAAUACAAAGUUUGCCCAAGGCUUUUAUUUAUGUGUGUCACUUGGAAUAAAAAGUCAUUUUUUAGCAAACAAUAAUGUAUCCAUGCUAUGGAUUGCAUCGUACAGGCAUUUUAAGAAAAGUGAAGAAUAGAGACACGAAAUAAUGCCCAAGAUACAUUAGGGGAAAAAAGCAAAUUGUAGGAUAAUAUGUGUAAUAGAAUUCCAUUUGCCUAAAAAGAAAAUAGGUUAAAUAGUUGUGGUGUAUGUAUAGACAGAUAUGUUCAUAUAUGCAUAAAAGUCAAAUUUAACCACUGGGGAUGAAAGGAAAACUUUCACUAACUUUUACUUUAUAUAUAGAGUUAAGAAUCAUUUGAAUUUUACAGAAGGAUUGAUCACUUUUGUAAUUAAAACCAACCCAAAAGACCCAUCUAAUAUUCAGAAGGCAAUGGAAAUAGCGACCUCAGGAACUAUGUUCUCCAGAAUUGGAGAAGCUGACAGCUGGAACGGUUCAGGUGCACAGAGAGGCACCCAUAAUACCAUUGCGGUAUGGUGGAUUCCGACUCAUAAUGAGCCUAUAGGACAGAGUAGAACUGCCCCAUAGAGAUUCCAAGGCUGUAAUCUUUGUGGAAGCGACACAUCUUUCUCCAGCCCUGACUGAAAAGAAUCAC